GCCUGAAAUCCGCAGCAGCAACUUUAAUUCAUGCUGAAACCUCCAUUCACGCGUCAGACAGAAUUCUGCUCCUCCUCCCACCUUCAUCGCUCCCCGAUUGGACGGUCGGCUGCAGGGGUGUGUGUUUGUAUUUGUGUGUUCUGGUGUAACAGAGUGAGAGAGUGAGUGAGGGAGUGAAAACCAGAGCAGCUUUACCAAGUGAUGAUCUGCAUUUAGCCUCACAUCGAGCCGCUGCCUCUCACUGAUAAUCAGCCUCUCACAUGCUUCCUGGGUCUCGCUGCUUUGUCACUUCUUCUUCUUCUUCUUUCCGCUUGGUGAACAUUAAUCUGAACUUCUGACUGGCCUCCAUGCAGAGUGGAGCCAUGAGAGCAGAACAGCGGCAUCAUCUUCGAUCGAGACGAGAAGCAGCAGCAGCAGAUAUAUGAAGAAUAAAAGAAACUACUUCUGGGAUUUUUUUUCAUGCCUUCUGAAGGGCGCCUGGGUUGUCCAUCAGAUAAUGAAGGUGCUUCAAAGCCGCUGAGAUUUCAAUCAAAGAUUUAACCCCAAGAAGCCAGUAUGAACACCACAGAUCCCCAUGGAUUGAUCGAAAGCUACCAGAACAGGAGCCAAACGACAACUUUGCCACUUAACAAAGACUUGGCAGGAGAGGAGAAGGACUCUUCUGCAGGAUGCUACGAGCAGCUGCUGAUUUCCACCGAGGUUUUCCUCACGCUGGGCAUCAUCAGCCUACUGGAGAACAUCCUGGUGGUCGCCGCCAUCGUCAAGAACAAGAACCUCCACUCGCCGAUGUACUUCUUCAUCUGCAGCCUGGCAGUGGCUGACAUGCUGGUGAGCGUCUCCAAUGCCUCGGAGACCAUCGUGAUCGCGCUCAUCAAUGGUGGCAGCCUGACCAUCCCGGUGACGCUCAUCAAAAGCAUGGACAACGUGUUUGACUCCAUGAUCUGCAGCUCCCUGCUCGCAUCCAUCUGCAGCCUGCUGGCGAUCGCCGUCGACCGCUACAUCACUAUCUUCUACGCGCUGAGGUACCACAACAUCGUGACGCUGCGGCGGGCGAUGCUGGUGAUCAGCAGCAUCUGGACGUGCUGCACCGUCUCCGGCAUCCUCUUCAUCAUCUACUCGGAGAGCACCACGGUGCUCAUCUGCCUCAUCACCAUGUUCUUCACCAUGCUGGUGCUCAUGGCGUCGCUCUACGUUCACAUGUUCCUGCUGGCCCGGCUGCACAUGAAGCGGAUCGCGGCGCUGCCCGGCAACGCGCCCAUCCAGCAGCGGGCCAACAUGAAGGGCGCCAUCACCCUCACCAUCCUGCUCGGGGUGUUCGUGGUGUGCUGGGCGCCCUUCUUCCUCCACCUCAUCCUCAUGAUCACCUGCCCCAGGAACCCCUACUGCACCUGCUUCAUGUCCCACUUCAACAUGUACCUCAUCCUCAUCAUGUGCAACUCCGUCAUUGACCCCAUCAUCUACGCCUUUCGCAGCCAGGAGAUGAGGAAAACCUUCAAAGAGAUUUUCUGCUGCUCUCACGCCCUCUUGUGUGUGUGAGUCGAGUGUGAAGAAGCAUCAGCGGAGCUACAAAACCCCUGAAAUCAAACUUGGCGAGCAGAGACUUUGAUGUCCUUUGAGCUGUAAUCACUGUGGACUUGCUGCAGCUGCUGUGCUCUCGGUGUCGGCUGUAAAUGAUUUAUUAGUCGGACUGAGUCGGGUUGCUCCAGAGGUAGGUUUACCAAACCCUUGUAACAUAGAGUGUAGACAAACGCUGCUUUGUUUUUUUUCAAGUCAACGCUGCUCUAAAAGUGCAAUUUGAAGUAAAUGUGACCAGCAUGUAUUUGAAUAAGCGCAGUCAGACUCUGGUUUCUCACUCGGAAAUCUCUCCUUUCUGCCUUCACUGUUGGAGAAAUAAAAAAGAAACAGACUUACUCUGAAGAAUUUUCUGUAUGAAGAAAGUCUGUGGCACUGAAGUGUCAAAGCAGCAGAGAUUCUAAUGAACUCUUCACUAUUUUUUUGUCUAAAAAAUGUCAAGAAAAUUUCGAUCAAUUUUUCCCUAAACCCAAAGAUGCUCAGUAAGAGGAGGAAAGAAAUCAGAAAAUGCUCAAACUUCAGCGUGCAAAUGCGAGAAUUUUAACUUGUUUCCCCUAUAAUUAAUCUGUACUGGACGUCUAACAAAGGGAUUACCCUCUUAUGUGAUGGACUACCUCCAUGAUUAAGAGUUUCAUCCUCCUCAUAACAGACUGACAGACAGCAGACACAUAUCCUGCUCGUUUUCUUUGCAAUGAAUGUUAAAAUAUACAUGUCAAACAUUCACUUUUCCUGUGAUACGAUGAUGAGAUGAAAGCCAUAACGCCUCACUGAUUUCCCCUAUUAUGUGCCAAUUAUAGGAGACGAAGGGAAACGGAGGGAAUCUUGAAACUGUUUUCUACCAAAGUGGCAUUUUAUUCAAAACAACCAGUGUCUAAGCUCACUUCAAGCAGAGAAAAGAGGUGAUUUUCUGAGCCGCUCAGUUGAGAUUAUCGUGGAAAUGACAAACCAAGAGCACAACCACAUUUCAACCACUGACGCCUCGGCACGAGAUUUACUGCCAAAAAUGUAAAUGUAAAAUCACUCAGAGCAUUUACACUGCACUGGAUGUAAGGAAAAACAGACUCAGGCGCAGUAGAAGGCUUAAACACUUCAUGCAUUUCUGUUUUUUUUUUUUUUUUAUUUGGAUGAGUUUACCUCAUUUGCACCUUCCCUCUAGUGUGAUUUCCCUCUCCUUCUUUUGUGAUCGGGGAUGCAGCUUUUACAGAGUCUCCUCUGAUUUUUUUUAACGUUCACUUAUAAAUUAUUUUCCCGUGAGUGAAAUGCUAAAUCAAACCCUGCAUAGAAGCGAUAAAGGUCCACUCUGACUCAUUCCAUCUGUUGGUUUCCAAUCAAAGCGCUCGUGAACUUGUGGUCUGUGUAGAUAUUUUGUGUGAAUUUUGCACUUGUGGGUUGCUCUUAACUCUCACUUACACCAUGUACAUGUGACUGUAAAGAAAUCUAUUUUUCAUCAUGUUCAUGUGAAAGGGCAGACUUUACUGAAUGUAUUUUUAUGUAGUAAACACGUGUUGUGUGACUCGUUGCUUUUAAUCUUUGCCUUAAAUAUGUUGCACUGUGACGUAAAGAGCAACCGCAUCCUCUGUGACAGUGUUGCACCGACUGAUGUAAUCGGGGUUUUUUCUAUGUAGUUAGAAAAUAUUGCCUUAUUUAUUUAUGCCUCUGUAAACUUGAAGCUCAUUCCUAAGCUCACGAAAAAAGGCACAAGAAAAAGCGAUGUGAACAGGAUUGUCGUUUUUCUGUCAGCAGCAGCUUCGCCUUGGAGUUUGAUUCAUGUGUGCCAAAUAUGAAGGUGUUUGCUUUGACCUCUGCAUCCGAUGUGAACCACAGCUGCAAAGUAACUUCAAUAAAUCAUAAUUCCACCUCAGA